CGAUGAUACAACCGAGAACCAGUGCAAUACAACUUUACGAAAACUUUUUGAAUUACAAACCAAAUAAGUGAGCAAAAAUGUCAGCGCAUGCAGCGAAACGAAAAACAAAUUCCACGCGUGAAUGAUCACGAGUUCGACAUUGAGAGCGCACAUUGGCAGCGAUGCAAGAGAUAUGCAACACCGCUGCACUACCGCUCGACACUAACCCACUAGUGCGCAAAAUAAAAUGCGAAGAGUUCCCCACGAUAAGAGGGAAACAACCCGUGAGAGCUGGCAUGGGGGUUCGCGAUGAAAUGGAAGAAGAGUUUGCCGUAAAGACGAGGAACACACCGCCUAUGGGGCCUGCGCCGGGGCAGGAACACCCGCGCAUGGAGCAUGGGGGCAAUGGCUUUUGGCUGGCCGCCGUCACUGCGGCCGGCGCUCCGCACCCCAUGCUCGACACCUGCACUGAGACUGGCUUCAUCAACAGCCAGCCUUCUAUGGCGGAAUUCAUGACAGCUCUCCCGCAGCUAGGAGGGGGAGAGCUUAGCCCUCAACAUACUCCGCCAGGGUACGCGCCUGACUUACCAUCGCCUGGAGGUGGCCUUAACGUGCCUGAGUAUCCUUGGAUGAAGGAGAAGAAAACGACUAGGAAGAACAGCCAGCAAGAAAAUGGUUUACCACGAAGACUACGAACAGCCUACACAAACACACAACUUUUGGAGUUAGAAAAAGAGUUCCACUUCAACAAAUACCUAUGCCGACCCAGAAGAAUCGAGAUCGCCGCAUCGCUCGACCUCACAGAGAGACAGGUAAAGGUUUGGUUUCAAAACCGACGAAUGAAACACAAAAGACAAACGCUGACCAAGAGUGAAGACGGCGAUGACAAAGAUUCUACCACAUCUGAUGGUGGCAAGAGCAAAUCUGGACUGGAAAAAUUCCUGGACGACGACCGUCCUUUAUCAGGAAAGAAAAGUUGUCAAGGCUGCGAAUUGCCUCCUGGAGCAUUAUGCUCACCCGCAGAGGAUUUGCCGGAAUUAACGUCGCGGACGCGAAACAACAACACACCUAGCGCUACAAAUAACAACAGCUUUGCAAGUGACGGAGCCUCGAGUGUAGCCUCCUCCUCAUCUCUUGACAAACUGGCUGAGGAUGACUCCCGCGAUGGUCAUCCACCCACUGUUGUAACUACAGCACCAAGAAUCCUAGCAAAAAGGAUCAAACAAGAAUCCAGAAAACGUUCACCGUCAUUAGACACGGCAUGCAAGGUAUCUCCAUCCUCUUCGAAGGAUAGUCUUGGACCAGUCGGUUUACCAGAUGGAACUAAAUUUCCAUCUGUCAGCCUCACGCCUUCUUCGACGCCAGGAACUCCUUCGAGCAUGCACCCAAGCCCUCUCGGUCACUACCCACGGCCUUCACCUCCUAAUGCGCCAGCGGGGGCGCCUCAUCAUCAAGCUGUGCCUAAUGCUAUGCCUCCAUACGUCAUAAGAGGAAAUGCACCACCAGGGCAGUUUAUUCCGCACCCAGAUUUUCGUAUGGAUUCGAAACAAUUUGUUGGGAAACUGGGCCAAUAUCCCCAAAGUAACAGAAAUUACGAUGGUUAUGGACCUGCGGUGCAAAGCGCAGAUCAACAUGCCUACGCUCGAAGCCAGCAACACGGAAGACAACAAGAUGGUUCUCCUUCUACGAGGCCCACGAAUGGCAUUGGUUCAAGGCAAACGUAUCCUCAUGAAAUGUAUCAAAAUUACGGUUAUCCCUCAUAUGGGAAAGAUCAAGUUGGAUAUGGGCAUCCUGGAUACGAACAGUCCCAAGGUUAUCCCGGAGAGCACAUGGGAUAUCCGAACAACCACUACGGCUAUCAUUACCACGAAGGUGCUCAGCACGAUCAUGCACAUAACUAUUACGGAACUGAUGGGCAAAAGAAUUCGCAGAGCAAUGAGGCAUACGCUAAAAACGCGUAUUACGAUGCAAGUGGGUACAGUGGACAGCCGCCGAUUGCAGCCGCAGGGUACGCUCCUAGCGCUCCUCAAAAUGCAACUCCCAACGAGGCUUACGGCAGUACCAGUGGUGGCGGCGAGUGUGGCGACGGAUACGGCUCUUUCCAGCAAUUCUAUGAAGCGACACACGCUGCUCCCGCUGGCGACAACUCUAAUUCCUCCUCGGAUUUCCAUUUCCUGAGCAACCUGGCCAACGACUUCGCUCCAGAGUAUUACACCAUUUGAGAUAAGGACUUCGCCGAGCAGGCGAGUGAUCUGUUCGUGUAGCGACCGGACGCGUUCGCAUUCUAAUGUGUAAGAAGGCUAAUAUUUUUGGGUUAUGGUGUUUAGAAGGAGAGUCUUCGCCAAAGGCGUGGAAUACGUGAUUGGUAAUCCUAACUCUCUUUGAUAGUUAAUGUUAUGUUAUUAUAAGUGAUAAGAUAAUGUACUAAAAUGUAAAUAUUUAUGUAGCGUACUUUCAAUAGACGAUAUAAAUAUUUUUAUUGAUACAUACGUACUUGAAUAAAAAUUUAGGUGCUGAUCACGUUGUAAGAAACAGUAGAUACUCAAGUAACGUGAUAACUGAUGUUUCACGAUUACAUUUUCCUAUUCAUAACAAUAUGUUAAGUAAAUUAUUAACUUUAAUAAACGUCACAAGAUGUCAAAGGGAUUUCCAAAAAUCAAGGUUCAAUGCUACACCGAAAUAGCCUCUACAACACUUCCACUUAAAUAAAUAGUGUACUACCACUUAAACUGUUUAUAUUGUAUGUACGUAUUAUUUGUAAUUAAACCGAUAUCAAUGUAAAUUUCUUAUAACUUAAUAAUUAAAAUUUUAUCAUGUAUCCAAACACCUUUUCACAUGUU